UCUUCUUCUUCUGCUUCCUCCUCUUUGAAACACGUUUCACGGUUGGCACACCGGUUUCUUUGCUCCAGCGGCACUUCACUUCACUUCACCGAGCUUGUCUUAACUUGUCUGCGGGUUGACAACAGGUCCUGCACCAUGUCCAUUCUCAAGAUCCACGCCCGAGAGAUCUUCGACUCCCGUGGAAACCCCACCGUAGAGGUUGACCUCUACACUGACAAAGGCUUGUUCAGGGCAGCUGUACCAAGUGGUGCAUCUACUGGUAUCUAUGAAGCCUUGGAGCUCAGGGAUAAUGACAAGUCUCGCUACCUUGGCAAAGGAGUCUCACAGGCUGUAGAUCAUAUAAAUUCAACUAUUGCACCCGCACUUGUUGGCCAAGAUGUAUCAGUGGUUGAGCAAGAGAAAAUUGACCAGAUGAUGAUUGACAUGGACGGUACAGAGAACAAAUCCAAAUUUGGAGCAAAUGCCAUUCUGGGUGUGUCCUUGGCUGUUUGCAAGGCUGGUGCAGCAGAGAAAGGAGUCCCCCUGUAUCGUCAUAUUGCUGACCUUGCAGGAAACCCAAAGGUCAUCCUGCCUGUGCCGGCCUUCAAUGUGAUCAAUGGUGGCUCUCAUGCAGGCAACAAGCUUGCCAUGCAGGAGUUCAUGAUCCUGCCCGUUGGUGCCAGCACCUUCAAAGAAGCCAUGCGCAUUGGAGCCGAGGUCUACCACAAUCUCAAGAACGUCAUCAAGAAGAAAUAUGGCCAGGAUGCCACCAAUGUGGGUGACGAAGGAGGCUUUGCACCAAACAUCCUGGAGAACCAGGAAGCUCUGGAGUUAAUAAAGGACGCCAUUGCCAAAGCAGGAUACACAGAUGAGGUUGUGAUUGGCAUGGAUGUGGCAGCGUCUGAAUUCUACAGGGAGGGAAAAUACGACCUGGACUUCAAGUCUCCUGACGACCCCAGCCGUUACAUCACUCCUGACGAGCUGGCUGAUCUCUACAAGAGCUUUGUUAAGGAUUAUCCAGUGGUCUCCAUUGAGGAUCCUUUCGACCAGGAUGACUGGGCGGCCUGGACCAACUUCACUGGAAGCACAGACAUCCAGGUUGUUGGAGAUGAUCUUACAGUGACCAACCCUAAUCGCAUCACCAAGGCGGUGGAGGAGUCCGCCUGCAACUGUCUGCUGCUUAAAGUCAACCAGAUUGGCACGGUCACUGAGUCCAUGCGAGCGUGUAAGAUGGCCCAGGAGAGCGGCUGGGGCGUGAUGGUCAGCCAUCGCUCUGGUGAAACUGAGGACACCUUCAUUGCAGAUUUGGUGGUCGGCCUCUGCACUGGACAGAUUAAGACCGGGGCUCCCUGUCGCUCUGAGCGUUUGGCCAAAUACAACCAGAUUCUUAGAAUUGAAGAGGAGCUGGGUGACGAGGCUUGUUUCGCUGGAAAGAACUUCAGAAAGCCGUUGAUAGAGUGAACGAGUAAAUCAUUUACUUCACAUAGGCAUGAAAUGUAUAACAACACAUUGAGUAACAAUGAAAAACACUGUAGAGCGAUAACGGUUAAUGUAGAACUACUGACAUACUAAUGGUGGUAAUGAAUUUAUAGAAAGUUGUUGGAAUUGUGACUCUUUCAAUCAAAUUUUCUAGUGUAUUCUGUUUUUCUAAUGUGGAGUAAAUUAUAGACCUGAUUAUAACUUGAGUAAUAUUUAUUUACAACAUAAAUUAAUGAUCACAAAUGCUGCACUUGGAGACACAACUAAUAAUAAAAAAAAAGUUUUCUUUUUGA